CCAUAUGAGGUGAGUCUCUAAGCCUUGAUGGACCAGUUUUAGCUUGAAGCAGCCAGUCAGCCAACAGCUAUUUGCAGAGACAUAGAUUCAAGAUAUUAGUGACAGUGAGAAAGUAGAUAUAGCGAGCCAUGAUGGGGUUGGUUCAUGUUAUUUUGGCUGUGCUCAGUCUUCUGACUGUUGGGCAGUCAGCUCCUGUGACAAGCUGUGAGAGUCUGACCAAACAGGUUGAAAUCAAAGGAAGAAACCAGCUGCUGGGUAAGUGGAUGCACAUAGGAGAAAGCACAACCAUCGCAGGAUUUAAAUUGCUGACCAAGGCGUUUUUGGAGACUUCCUGGGCGCAUGUUUCUGCUGCAGACGAGAGUGAUGCCAUCAAUGUUUUUCAGUCUAGAAAAAUGCUUGGCGACUGUUUCACUGCCACAACUAAGAUGACUUUGGAAAACAACAGUCUCUAUAUGGUGAACCCUAUCAGUGUACCUGAGGUCCUUCUGAGUUCUGGCUGCCCUGACUGCCUCGUUCUACAGACAAAUUACACCUUCGGAGGAAGCACAUACAAGGGUCUUCAGUUACUGAGAUUUUGCCCAGACGAGUCGAAUUUACAAGAAACAAAGACCACUGACCUAACCAGUUACAUCACAAGCAUGAACGCUGAAGAUUUAAAGCUGCUUGAUAAGUUUAUCAGCAGCAGUGAUGGAAUACAGUUGUUAAUCAAUAUUAUCACCAGCGGUUUAACUGGAUUAAAAGAAAAUGAACGUUGCCGUGUUUACAUUGUGAACAGGUCGGGUCUGGCUAAGAAGGAUCCCAGUGCCAAUAAAAAUUAAGAUACCAAAUGAA